AUGGCCGCGCAGAGUGCGUCGUCGGAGCCGCACGCCCUCGACGCGCUCUGGGCGACCGUGGAAUCGCGGCGCGGCGCCGACCCGUCGUCGAGCUGGACGGCCAAGCUGCUCAGCAAAGGCGUCAACAAGUGCGCCCAAAAGGUCGGCGAGGAGGCGACGGAGGUCGUCAUCGAGGCCGCCGUCGGCAACAAGGCCGGCGUCGUCUCCGAGUCCGCCGACCUGCUCUACCACCUCGAGGUCCUGUGGGCCGCGACCGGCGUCGCGCCCGCGGACGUCUGGGCGGAGCUCGCGCGCCGCGAGGGCGUCUCCGGCGUCGCCGAGAAGGCGAGCCGGCCGAAGAACUAG